AUGCAUAGGCACUCCGCGAUGUUUUUACCUGAGCUCCCAAAUGAGCUCCUUCAACAGAUUUGUGAGGUCUUAAAAACUCCUCAGGACAUCUUGUCAUUCAGUCAAUCGAGUCGCGCUCUGUGUCGACUGACUGAGGAUCAUAUGUAUCGCGUCGAUGCGCAGGAAAGAAAUAGCUCAGCGCUGCUAUGGGCUGCGGCUCAUGGGCGACUUCGGACAGCCGAAAAAGCUCUCAAGGCCUUGCAGGGAACUGGGAGGUCGACCGAAUCAGAAUCAGAUGAUUCUGAUUUGGAAUUAUAUGAUUCAGAAUCAGGCUCUGAGGCGGACGCCAACACGACUACUGAGCCUGCGCCCAACCCAGUUGGCAUUGCCUUAGUAAACGCCGCAGAAAACGGCCACACUUCCCUAGUCAGGCUUCUCAUCGAGCAUGGUGCGGAGCUGGACUGGAGAGACCCUAAAAGGAAGCAGAGCGCUAUGGAAGCAGCGUGUACCAAAGGCCACAUCGGAAUCGUCAACCUCUUGAUCGAGUUAGGCGCAGAUCCUUCCUGGGGGCACAGAAACCGGCCUUAUCCAAUACAAUGCGCCGCGAUGAUGGGCCACACAGACAUUGUAGAAUCACUCAUCGACGCUGGUGCGAGCGCGGAUACCUGCACUGGAAGGCCGGAGGGCGGCUCCUUUCCUCCUUUGCAGCUUGCCGUAAGGGGGGAUCAUGAGGAGACUGCGAGAUCUCUGAUAUUCAAAGGCGCCAAGAUCAACCUCCGGAUUGGCCGGAUGCAUACAGCACUUGAAGAAGCCGUCAGGAACGAUCGUGUGUGGGCUGUCAAAAUGCUACUUGCCUCGGGUGCGAUGGUCUUUGCUCCUGCUUCGGUGUCGGUUCGCUGCCCUGCACUCCAGAUGGCGAGGAGGCCGGGUCGCGAAGAGAUGUACAAGCUCUUGAGAGACCAACCCGUCUAUCUCUGGCCUUCGGGUGGCCGAUGUCUGGCUCAGGACGGGAGCAUAGCAGCCAGAAGAGCGGAGGAUCUUCGAUCUCAAGAAGGGAUACCAUCACAUCUACGUAGAUCAGAGCGUAUUCUAUAUAGACUAGUAAAUAGGCGGCGCGCCCGCGGAGUCGACCGGCGCGAGCACCUCCCAGCUGGCCCUCCGCAGCCCAGCUGCGACCAGGGCGGCGUCGACAGGAUAGGCGGCCAGCCCCGCCCCAGCCCUGCUGGAGCGCCGGAACAUGGCCUGGUGCUCCUUGCGCAGGUGCUGGUAGUCGAAGACAAUGUGCACGGCGGUGGCGCGGGCGAGAUGCGCAAGCUGCCGGAACGCGGGCUCGCAGCCCGGCCGGGGGCUGAUCGAGGGCACGUCGAGGCACCAGAGCGGACACGGCCGGUCGAGGGCCAGCCAUUUCAACACUGA